UAACCCAGGAGGCGUAAAGUCCCUGUGCGCAACAACCUCCAAAGCGCACAGUCCAUCCUUACCAUGACAUGAAUUUUACACUUUAUGUAGUUUAGUUAAAUAGACGCGUGCAAUAGCAAGUUUUUAAACAUAACAGUCAUUCUUAUUUAUGCUGCAUUUGCAAGUCUUGGUUAGGGACUGAGAAGUUUUUGAUGAUGGGCAUGGCCGUACUCUGGGGUUCCCCGGUGAGUUUUCUUCUUCUUGUCUGGCUUACCCUGGUGAUCAGCGGCCAGUGUACUUUGGCUUUCUCGGUCGCUGGACAACAGGAGACGACCUGUGAGGCGAACGGCAGUGUUUAUUAUGUGGGCGAAUGGUACUUUUUAGACUCGGAUCAUUGCACCCAGUGCGAAUGUACAGCAGAAGGGUCUGCUUGCGCGCGGACCGAGUGCACAUCCCUGCCUGCCGCCUGCAUCCAUGUCAGCCAUUACCCGACAGACUGCUGCCCGAGAUGCGAGAAGAUCGGCUGCGAGCACGGGGGAGAAGUCUACGAACUGGGCCAGCAAUUUCAGCCGUCAGCGUGUGAGCAGUGCACCUGUCACAGCGACGGCAUCGCCCGCUGUCAGGUCGCAGACUGUGCCCCUCCACCAUGUGUUAAUCCAGUCUAUCAGACAGGAAAAUGCUGCCCUCAGUGCAAGGAUGGGCCCAACUGUUACGUGAAUGCCUCUAGGACCCAAGUGAUCCCUGGAGGUGAGCCAGUGUGGGUCGACUCCUGUACCAAAUGUCGAUGUCAUGACGGUCAGGAUGCGGGUUACUGGGAAGGCAACCGCUUGGCAACGUGUUCCCAUUUGCACAAUUGCCAGCCUGACAAGGGGCUAAACUGAGAAAAGAGAUCAAAAAUAGCGUCAUCUUUCAUCCUUCUUUAUACAAUGGAUAACAAACCUGGGCAGACAUUCCAACCACACUUGCAGAAGAAAGUGUGGUGGCUA